CGGUUCCAAGGAGUCCCCGGGAGCACGGACGGGCGCUGGAGCCCCUCCGCUCCCCGCCGCACCAGGGAGUGCGAGGAGCAGCUGCUGUGACACCCCCGACGUCCUGCGAGGCUCCCGCCGGGUGUGAGCGGCAUCAGCGGGGGAGCGCCGUGCCUGGGAGCUGGCGUGCUGCUGUGGGCAGAGCAUGAGUGUCUCAUGCCCGCCACCCGCCUUUCAGCUCUGUCACAGGGGGCGGCUGCGCUCCUGCCGCAUUCAGCAUUAGCAGAGCAGGCAUUCCUUCUGUGCACUGUGCAGUUAUUAAAAACAUGGUGCUCCAGUCGGUAAAGAACUGCCUUUGGCUGCCCUGCGUCCUCAGGACUCCAAAAGCUUGCUUCUGGAGCACAGCUGGUGGAGGCCUCAUUAUCCAGUCUGUUUCUAAUGAUGUUUACCAAAAUCUAGCUGUGGAAGAUUGGAUCCAUGACCACAUGGAUUUAGAGAAGCAACAGGUCCUUUUCCUUUGGAGAAAUUCCCCUGCCGUGGUAAUAGGCAGACAUCAGAAUCCCUGGCAGGAAUGCAACCUCAGGCUGUUGAGGCAAAAAAAUAUAAAACUAGCCAGGAGAAGAAGUGGAGGAGGAACAGUUUACCAUGACAUAGGCAAUAUCAAUUUGACUUUCUUUACAACCAGAAAAAAAUAUGAACGAAUGGAAAACCUGAAGCUUGUUGUGAAGGCUCUGAAAGCCUUGCGACCCCAGUUAGAUGUACAUGUCACUGACAGGUAUGACAUCUUGCUAGACAGGCAAUACAAAAUCUCAGGCACUGCUGCUAAGCUGGGAAGGACAAGUGCUUAUCACCACUGUACCUUACUCUGUAAUGCAGAUAAGUUUGUUUUAUCUUCUGUGCUAAAAAGUCCUUUUAAAGGGUUAAAGAGCAAUGCCACUCCUAGUGUGCCUGCCUUGGUGAAAAAUCUCUUAGAAGAGGAUCCUAGUUUAACUUCUGAGAUGCUCCUGGAUGCCAUUGCUAAAGAAUAUGCUAUGCAGCACCAGAUAGAUCACCAUAUCACCUUAAUAAAUCCAGCUGAUGAGAUUCUGCUUCCUGGAAUUAGUGACAAAACUAAAGAACUACAAACCUGGGAAUGGGUGUAUGGAAAGACACCAAAGUUCAGCAUCAGCACAUGUCUUAACAUGGUCUAUAAAGAUUCUGUUCUUGACGUUAAAGUAAAUAUGGAUGUAAAGCAUGGAAGGAUUGAAGUCUGUAACAUUGAUCUGCCAGAGCAGUGGCUGCCACCAGGACUGUACAGUGAACUGGUCAAGAGUCUUACUGGCAGUAAGUUUUGCCCAAACGAAAUCACUGCACUAGUGACAACAUUGCUAAGAGUGUGUCCACAGGAUGAUGAGUUGCACAGCAGGUGGAGUCUACUGUGUGAGAAUAUGAUAAGAUUAAUGUGACUUGCAUUUUGAAAAUGUAAGUUAAAUUUCUGCUGCUUUUUUAUUUAAUGUAUUGAAAACAAAACUAAAACAAUCACUAGUAAGAGAAAAAUUCAGCUUGUAGAAAACAAACUGUUCAAUCUUGUGCUUUUAUUUUAUAUUACAAUUAAAUUUCACACUGCAUGCACCUGAUGUUCCUAAACUGUAGGAUUGAAACCACUGCUGACAAGACAUGGUUGCUGCUUGAACCAGGGAAAAUGGUGGGGACAUCCCAAACUGGCCCUGUAGCAGAGAAGGUACAAAUGGCUGACACAGAUGGAAUGGGUAGGUGUAAAACUGGUGGUGUGCUGCUGCACUGGAUGCCCCAGGCUGCAUCCUGCUCCUUGUGGACAGUGGCCCAAAGGCUGUGUCACAGCCCCUGAGGUGUGUGGAGAGGGAUGUUCCCUGGUUUCUGAUUCAGAGUCCCUUCUUGCAGAGUGCUGUGCCUCUGCUGGACAAGCACUGCAGGGAGCUCAGCUCACUGCUGGGUAGGUGCAGCCUGGGUCAGGGCUUUUGUCCAUGCACGUGUAAGAGCAGGGGAAAAUAGCAAGUUCAGUGUGGGGGUUGUGUGAUGUGGACAGAAGAGGCUAACUGGGAGGCCACACGUGCCUCCUCUGUUCCUGUGCCUGGCACAAAGCUGGGAGUCCCUGCUGCCAUGGGUACUGCUAUCAAAGCCAAACACUUGAAAAUGCAAAUACAGAUCUAGGAGAGUUUCCUUAUGUUACCACCUAGCAGAUUUUCCCAUAAAAGGUAACAAUAAAUAAAUAAAAAAAUAAAAACAAAGUUUUAUUGUUAAAUAAUAGCUCUAUAUAUAGUAAAAUUGUGGAAAAAAGGCUCAAGAUGUAUUUCACUGUUGUUGAAGAAGAAGGGUAAUGCAAUUUUGAUUAGGUCAGAAGAGAUACCUGAAGGGAGGCUGUGGCCAGGUGAGGUUCAGGCUCUUCUCCCAGGUAGUCAGUGACAGGGCAAGAGGACACAACCUCAAGCAGCACCAGGGGAAGUUUAGGCUGGGCAUUAGGAAAUAACUGUUCACAGAAAGAGUGAUUGGGCAUUGGAAUGGCUGCCUAGGGAGGGGGUGGAGUCACCUUCUCUGGAGGUGUUUAAGAAGACAGGAUGUGGCACUCAGUGCCAUGCUCUAGGUGACAAGGUGAUGCUAGGUCACAAGUUGGACUGGAUGAUCUCAAAGGUCUUCUCCAGCCUAGUUAAUUCUGUGAUUCUCUAUGUUUGAAAUUGCCAUACUAGGUUAAAAGACACAAAGCUUCACAUAUGGGAAAUUACUGUAUUUACAGUGAGACUUCUCCAGAAUGUGGCUGGAUCUCUGAGGCAUUACACAGCUUGCUUGAAUUUCAUGAUAUUGUGAAGAAAUCAAACAGAUGACUGAAGCUACAAAUAAUAAAAAAUAACAUUUAUUCCCAUUAAAAAUAGGCAUAUAUUAGACACAACUGAAUAAAAUUCACAAGUGACUAGAAACUUCAUAUCACAGCAGCAAACCAGGAAGCUCCUAUGGAAUGUUUGGGGGAUUGACUAAUAGCACACAGCUCUGUGGCACAUAUAUUAUUAAUUUUGCUGAGGCAACACUGCAAAGCUGAAACAUUAUUAUGAGAAAGGAUAAAGAAGGCAGACCACUGGCUAAUUGUGACCCAGAAAACAAGGCAAAGACCAGCUCCAUUUCCUAUUGAUUGCUGUGGAAUAGAUUUGUUAUUAGAAACAAGAGGAAAAGAAUAGCAGCAUUAGAUGACAGAAGAUGAAAUAAUAAAGUACAUUAAGGGGGGAAAAAAGAUAAUGGAAUACACCAACCAUCAAGAAAAAUAAAUACAGGAAACAAAAAAAAGUUCUAGCAAUAAACAUGCUACUAGAAUAUAAAGGCCUAUUGUAUUACAAGGCAGAAAGUGUAAGGCACGUGUCAGUCCUGAGGCUGAAAACAUUUUGAUGGGACCUGAAAAAGAGGCCACUGCCUGUUUUUUAUGUCAGAUUGUAUGACUUAGGCAGAUUCUUGCUAACAAAGAACUCUUGUAUAAGGAAAAAAAAAAAAGGGAGCACCUCUGGUAAUUCCUUCUGGUUUCCAAAGGCUGAAGGAAUGACAAGGGAAGACUUUGUCUUUAUUCUAAAUAUAGCAUAUUGCUAAGAAUUGCAGAAUAUUUUGAGUUGAGGGACUUGUUAUAUUUUGAGGAACCCACAAGGAUCAAGUCCAGCUCUUAAGUGACUGGCCCUUAGAGGGAUAAAACACAUGACCUUGGCAUUAUUCACACCAUUCUCUGACCAACUGAGAUACUCAGGGUACCCAACUUCUGAAAAAACUUAAAUUUUCUUUUUAGGGGACUCCCUUAGAGGUAGCAAAAUACUUACUGCAGUUGAGAGUGGCAUGAAAAGCCAGUCAUUGGGCUUUAGAGACAGAGAGUAAGACUGAGAGGAUCACACAUCCUUUCCACACUUAAUGCAAAGGAUGGAUAUCAGGUAUUUGGUCAUGUAUCAUGGAAUAAAAGAACACACAGGGGUGCCAGGGAAGAGAUUACAGCUGUUUGCAGCCUUCCCAGUCCAAAAUCCAUUAUGCAGAGACACAUAAGACAACCCUAAAAUGACUGUGUACUGAACACUACCACAUCCAUAGGCAAAGGGCUUGGAAACUGGAAUGUGAAAAUUGGGAUUACCAGUAAAGUCUGAGAAAUAAAGUAUUACAGGACUGACAAAAACCCUGCAAAAUAAUAGUCAUGACUAGAAUACAGGAAUUAAAGGAAAUAAAUAAUAAUGCUUAUAAAAGGGGACAUGUGGGAGCCCAGCUUCCAAUGACUGUUAGGUGGUCAGUUAAAGAUAUAAAAUCCAAAACAGGCUCAAGAAAAAAUCAACAGUAAAAAUAGAAAUGACAGUAUAGAGGCUUUUGAAAGACAUUAUUGAGGGUCUGUUAUGAAAUCAAGAUAAAAUUUAGACAUGGAUGGUAAUUAAGAUUACAGAAGAAGUACAAUGAAGGAAUCACACAGUUUUGUUUCCUCAGACUGGAAAGUCUCAAACAUUCUAAAACAUAUAAAUUUUAAAAGCUGUGCUGCACUAAGUACUUAGAAGAGUUGCUUCUGUGGGCAACCAGCUGGACUCAAGCAGCAUGUUUCAGUGUUACAUUUUUAUGCUUAUGAAAACACUUAUUAAAAGCAGUCAUUUCUGAUCA